AUGGCUUCAUCAAUGACAACACUAGAUCUCACUUCAUGUGUCAAUAUCACUGACGGGUCGCUGCUCGGUCUGCUGCACAAUCUCAGAUGUUUGUAUCUGGGUAACAAUCGCGAACUCACUGAUGAUUCCGUGCUGGCCAUAUGUACGGGCUGUCCGCGGCUUCAACGGUUAUCGCUUGACAACUGUGCCAUGCUCACAGUGGAAUCACUCCUUGGUUUAGGACUACUGUACGAGUUGAAAUGGCUGUGCCUUGCCGGUGUAAGCGGAGUCGACGAUC